AUGUCAGAUCUGGACUUCUCUAACUUGUCCCCCAGCGAACUCAACGAUGCUCUUAACGGCAGUGCCCUCAAGCCACCGGAGGGCGUGACGGUGGACUUCGAUCAUCCAACAAACAAGAACGCCGUGUCUCUGGUUGGGCUCAUUAUAUGUCUAGUCGUGGCAUCAAUAUCACUUGCAACUAGGAUAUAUGUGAGGUUUUACAAAACGAGGCAACAACAUCUUGGAGACUAUGCGUUGGCUUUUGCAUAUCUAUUCUGGAUAGUUGUAAUCGUGGGAUCUCUACGCCGAAUCACCGAAUCUACGGGCUUAUUCGUACAUCAAUGGGAGAUGCGUGGAAGGGAUAUGGCUGGAUAUCUCCAGAUCGUAUUUAUGGGUAUGAACUUUUGGGUAGUCACUAUGAUGCUAGUCAAAUCAUCUAUCCUCAUCGAGUGGAUUCGGUUAUUUGCGCCAAUGGAUACACGAACUCUUUUCCACCGGAGCUGCAAAUUUCUAUUGGCAUUCAACAUACUCUUUUACGUAUCGAUACUCGUCGCAUUGAAUUUAACAUGUUUCCCGUAUCGAAGGAUAUGGGAUAAGACGGUUCCGGGAAGUUGCAUAGAUAUAAAAAUUAUCAACCUCGUGGCUACGGUUAUCAACUUUACCCUCGACAUCGCAGUAUUAUUACUACCACAGAGAAUGAUCUGGAAUCUGAAGUUAUCGACGGUCAAGAAGGUUGGAAUAUCAGCAGUAUUUGCUGUGGGUAUUUUUGCUUGUAUUGCUGCUGGAUGCUUAUUAGAUGCUAUCCUUGAAUGGAGACGGUCGGACGAUAUGACCUAUCAUUAUUCCUCUGUAGCGCUUUGGGCUAUUGCGGAAUCAACGUGUGGAAUUCUCAUCUUCUGCGUCCCCGCAGCACCUAAGGCAUUUAUCGGCUUGAAGCCUCGGGCAUGGUUGAGCAGGCUCGGCUCAUGGACUGGCUCAUUCAUGAAGCGUAAGAGGCUAUCUACAAUCAGAAAAGAAGACACAUGGUCUCGUACGGCUCUCGGAUCGUUGAAGCCCCGCAAAUACCAAUCCAUCGACGAGCCAAAUUCCAUUAUACUUCAGGGAGUUGGGUCUGGUAGACCAACAGACCAGCAAUACGGUAUCAUCUGCACAACUGACAUCAUAGUAACAGAAGCCUAUGAGAACAAUCAUAGAAGAGGCCAGCAGAGGAAUCAGUUCCCAUGGCUCCCCGAAAGAGAAGAGAAUGGGGCGUGA